AUGCCGCUCGUGCCGCGCACCGACGGCAAACCGUCACUCGACGCCAAUGCGUUCCCGCAUCUCAUGGACCUGAUCGUGUCCUAUGCGCCUCGCCACGCCCUUUUGGCACUAAGGGGCACGUCAAAGACGUACUGUGACUCCGCCCACAAGCUCAUCUUUCGCCACGUCGUCGUCACCCACAGCGACAAGGGAAACUGGCAAGAGUGGCAACACGGCAUCCUCAAGGUCGUUGCGCCUGGUGGGAGCCGUCUGCCGGGACUCCAGUCGGUCGUGCGGGACGGGGUAUGGGUGAAACGCCUGCAGACGUAUACCGUCAUUGCCGACCUCCUCGAGUACCAGUAUUACUCUGACUGGUUGACUGCAGGCCUCAAGAACGUACCGUUGACUCGCCGCCACCACAUAGUCUUGCCAAACUUUUACGACCUACAUUUCCGCCCUUUCAGCCGCGAAACCCACGCUCCGGAUGCCAAAGUGAGUCUCGAGUUUGUGACCCUCACCAACCAGUAUGGGUGGUCCAACGCUCCUCGGCAGCGGGUAUGGCCCGAUCAAGGAUUCACCCACUUCUCUUCUGCUCGGACCAAUGUCGUGACUAUACGUUAUGACCCUCGCCACCCCAGGAUCGGACUUUGCGAGUACCACCUGCAGAUGAGUUUCAGGAGUUCCAGAAACCUGUGGUACACGCACUCUCGGGUCAAGCAUGUGGUCGUUAUCUUUAUGCCUACAGAGCAAGGAGAUGGUCCACCAGCGUACGUCCCCGAGGGUGCGUGCCAGGACGAUCGUCGGGGGAUCGACGGUGUUACCUGCGACUAUGGUUUCCUCCAGCCACUUCUCAGCUGGCUAGUCUACUUUGUAGAGUACACUCGUGGCCUUACUUUGGACUUGGUCGGGGUCACUGAGAUUCAGAGGGAGAGCAUGAACCUGCCCCGUGACACCACUGCAGCCGAGAUCCGCCGCAUCGUCCUUGACUCGGUCCUUGCCGCCCAUCACACUCGGCACCUGGGGACGGGCGACCGAUACCUGCUCGACGUUGACUGGGACUUUGCUCAAAAUCAACCACAAGCCACUGGCACGCUGCGUUUCUACACUUUGGACGAGUAUCGCCACAAACUCGGCCACGACCGCUUCACCCUGUACACCCAGGACCCCAGCUCCCGCUCACCAAACCCCGCCACCGUGACUGUGGUCGACGACCGUGGCCUCGUCGUCACGUCGCUCUCAGCGGACGAGUACGCUACUCUCCGCGUCAUCAACCCCAAUGUCCCUGUCAUGGUCACCACGCGGGGCAGCCAGGAAUACCAGUGCACAACGAAACACCACUUGGCCCAAGUCGAGCAAGCGCAGUACUGCGCCGCGAACGGACUUGACCCCCGCGUCGCCCGGCGCACGGGGAGGGUUCACAAGAGACGCAAGAUCGUAGGACAGAACAUCACUACAUGCCACGAUUGA